UCAGUCAAGUUCGAGAAGGAGACGGUCACCAAGUCGGUCGAGGGCCUUGCGGGCGCUGCCGCCGACGCCGCAGGCAAGGGGAAGGACGACCUGCUGAAGAAUGUUGGCGAGGCUGUCACCAAGGGCGGCAUGAACGGAUACCUCGCGGCGUACCUGAAGCACCUGCAGGAGAACCCUCUGCGCACCAAGAUGCUCACCUCGGGCACCCUUUCGGGUCUGCAGGAGUUCCUUGCCUCGUGGAUCGCCCACGACAGGAGCAAGCACGGCCACUACUUCACCUCGCGCGUUCCCAAGAUGGCCCUCUACGGCGCUUUCAUUAGUGCCCCGCUUGGCCACGUCCUGAUCAGCAUUCUGCAGAAGAUCUUCCGCGGGCGCAAGAGCCUCAAGGCCAAGAUCAUGCAGAUUCUCAUCAGCAAUCUCAUUAUCUCCCCCAUCCAAAACUCGAUAUACCUCGUGUCCAUGGCCGUGAUUGCUGGCGCACGCACCUUCCAUCAGGUCAAGGCUACCGUCAAGGCUGGCUUCAUGCCAGUCAUGAAGGUGAGCUGGAUCGUAUCGCCAAUUUCCUUGGCCUUCGCCCAGCAAUUCCUGCCCGAGCACACCUGGGUGCCCUUCUUCAACAUUAUCGGCUUCAUAAUCGGUACAUACGUGAACGCACAUACUAAGAAGAAGAGGCUUGCAGCCUUGAGGCGAAAGCACUACGGCGACGGCAGCGGAAGGGAUCUCGGUGGCAGGGAUUACGGUAGGGACGUGAGCGGCAGGAGCGUGGCUGGCGACAGGCCUGGCGAAUAUCCU